AUGGAGGCGAACGGGUUGGGACCCCAGGGCUUUCCGGAGCUGAAGAAUGACACAUUUCUGCGAGCAGCCUGGGGGGAAGACACAGACUACACUCCGGUCUGGUGCAUGCGGCAGGCAGGCCGCUACCUACCAGAGUUUAGGGAAACCCGGGCUGCCCAGGACUUUUUCAGCACCUGUCGAUCCCCAGAGGCCUGCUGUGAACUGACGCUGCAGCCACUGCGUCGCUUCCCUCUGGAUGCUGCCAUCAUCUUCUCCGACAUCCUUGUUGUGCCUCAGGCCCUGGGCAUGGAGGUGACCAUGGUGCCUGGCAAAGGCCCCAGUUUCCCAGAACCACUGAGAGAGGAGCGGGAUUUAGAGCGCCUGCGGGACCCAGCCGCAGCGGUCUCCGAGCUGACCUACGUAUUCCAGGCCAUCACCCUCACUCGACAGCGGCUGGCUGGACGUGUGCCCCUGAUUGGCUUUGCGGGUGCCCCGUGGACUCUGAUGACAUACAUGAUUGAGGGCGGAGGCUCAAGCACCAUGGCUCAGGCCAAGCGCUGGCUUUACCAGAGACCGAAGGCCAGUCACCAGCUGCUUCGCAUCCUCACUGACGCUUUGGUACCAUAUCUGGUGGGACAAGUGGUUGCUGGUGCCCAGGCAUUGCAGCUCUUUGAGUCCCAUGCAGGGCAUCUUGGCCCACAGCUCUUCAAUAAGUUUGCACUGCCCUACAUCCGUGAUGUGGCCAAGCGAGUAAAGGCCAUGCUGCAGGAGGCAGGCCUGGCACCAGUGCCCAUGAUUGUCUUUGCUAAGGAUGGACAUUUUGCUCUGGAGGAACUGGCUCAGGCUGGCUACGAGGUGGUUGGGCUUGACUGGACAGUGGCCCCUCAGAAAGCCCGGGAACAUGUGGGGAAGAACGUAACCCUGCAGGGCAAUCUGGACCCCUGUGCCCUGUAUGCACCUGAGGAGGAGAUUGGGCGGCUGGUAAAGCAGAUGCUGGAUGACUUUGGGCCACAGCGCUACAUUGCCAACCUGGGCCAUGGACUCUACCCGGACAUGGACCCAGAACAUGUGGGGGCCUUUGUGGAUGCCGUGCACAAAUACUCACGUGUGCUUCGACAGAACUGA